AUGGUGUGGCCGUUGAAGGAGAGAAGGGGUCCAGCAUGGAAGCAAGGCUGGACGACAAACACUCUCUGCUCUUUAUCUGCGCCACCUUUGCAACUCCUCGCCAUAGUUGCCAUAGUCAUGUUUUUGUUGUUUGUUCCGUCUUACAUUAACUUCAAGUCCACCGUGCAAACAGCCACUGUCGGUUUCCACGUCUUCCUCUUGCUCUUGCCCCUUUUCUUGAUUUUCGUUGCCUACGCCAUCUCUAAACACGGAUCGCGUCUUGUGCUUCCGGCGCCGCCGCCGUUCUUGGGUGGCAUACGACUGAGAACAGAAGGUGGGGGGUUUCCCUGGGGCGUGGCGGCGUUGGUGGUGUUGCUUUUGGUUUUGGCCUCUUACCUCUCCAAUUUCAGGUCCAUGUGGUCACCACUCAUUUCGAGACCCUACUAG